GGGUCUUAUCGCCUAGGAGACAGCAGAGCCCCGGACUUCUCCUACUGGACUGGCUGCUCGCUUAUUGCUCCGGUUGCAGCAGGAGCUGAUGGUCGCAGCGAGGCUGUGGAUCUGAUUAGACUCGCAGAGGAAUCUGUAGGGGGCUGGAGCAGGUGGGCGACCCUGGCUCUGCAGUUGGACGUACGGGGCUGAAUGCGUAAAGACUCGGGAGGAGAUCUCAGAUCUGCAACUGCACAAGGUCUCCAUUGCAAAUUAGUGAGAAACAAUGGAAUUUUCCUUACCACUGGAAAAAGACAGUUCACUCAAAAUGGCGUUGGUCCUGCUGCUGUGCUUGGUUGGCAGAACCCUUUCUGAAGUUGGAGACUGCAGAGAACAGGAGUAUAUUGACAACACUGGAAAUUGUAGACCAUGCAGACAAUGUGGACCUGGAAAGGAGCCAUCAAAGGAAUGUGGUUUUGGAUAUGGAGAGGAUGCACAGUGCUUGCCCUGCAGGCCAAACCGAUUCAAGGAGGACUGGGGCUUUCAGAAAUGCAAACCUUGCCUUGACUGCGCUACAAUUAACCGCUUGCAAAAAGCAAACUGUACAACAACAAGCAAUGCAUUGUGUGGAGAUUGUUUGCCUGGAUUUUAUAGAAAAACGAAACUUGGUGGUUUUCAAGAUAUGGAGUGUGUCCCGUGCGGCAAUCCUCCGCCCCCUUAUGAACCACACUGUAAUGCAAAAGUUAACCUCGUGAAGAUCCCGUCCACUGCUUCCAGUCCCCGGGACACGGCCCUGGCUGCUGUUAUAUGUAGCGCGCUGUCCACUGUUCUCUUGGCUCUGCUUAUUCUCUCUGUUAUCUACUGCAAAAGGCAGUUCAUGGAGAAGAAACCAAGCUGGUCCAAGAGAUCCCAGGAGCUCCAGUAUACUGGAUCAGAACUAUUGUGUUUUGACAGACCACGAGUAACAGACCAUGCAAUGAGCACAUGUUGCCACUGCCAGCAUGGUCCAUCACAACUGCGGGGAACUGUUCACCUGAUUCCAUCCUUGUGUUGUGAGGAAACCCAUAGUAUGGAGCAUGCGUGUAUAUUCCAGUCCCACAGCUCCCUGUUUGAGGGGAAUGAAGACCAUCAAGCAGAAAUGAUUCCAACCUAUUUUGGACCUGUCCCACACUCGUCCUGCGGAGAUCUUGCAGAGACUUGGCCCCUGAUGCAGAGCCCUUCUGGCAGCGAUAGCCCGGGUGCCUGUGAGCCGUAUCCGGAGCCUCUAGAAGGAGACUCUCUGAAUGCAGAGAAUGAAGAUAUGAGCGAUAUACACGCACCCAAGCAUGGCCAAAGCUAUGAAGAGCCGCCUGCGAGUGUUCAAUCUCCCAAACAUCUUGGCUUAUUAGAGUUGGCUGCCUGUCAGGCUUCUGAUGGAACGCAGGCAGAUGAAGAGGACAACUCUGACAGGGAAGAUGAUAAACAGGCCGUCUGAUCUACUCACUGUAGCAACAAAUCCAAGUUCUAUCAAUCACUUUCAGGAAGAGAAGGAAGCGUUACAGGAUGGCUUUUUAGUACAUAUCGGGAAUGAGGCUGCAUAUAUCAAGGCUUGUAUAGAACUGAAGACACUUGUACAAGAAACUCUUACCCAAUUGUUCUCAAUACACCUUAUUGGCCCUGUGCACGGAGCUCCGCCUCCCCAAUGACGUAGGCAUUGCCGUAUAUCUGUGUACAGGAAGGUCGCCACCACUGAUGCUGUACAGUAGAUUUGUACUUGUAACUUACUAAACCCUAGCGCGAGCAUAAUGCUGUUAAUUAUAAACUUCUGAGAAGUUUUCAUUUGUAUAUUCUAGUACAAAAAAACUGGCCUAUAGAGUCCCGGUCAAAACAGUUUGUUACCUGUAAGUAGUUUUGUAUUUAUGUACAUAGUGUAUAGGCAGGAGAACGGCAAUGGCACUUUUGAGACUGUUCAGUUGAAAUACGUUGGUAUUAUGAUAUAUGCCUAUGGAUGCCCUGUUUGCUGUUACCUGCUGAACGAACACAAAAAGGGGGGCUGCUGGAGGCAUCUAUUUCAAACCCAAUGGGGGUAGAUGGGUGUGGAUUGGGGUAGGAAGCUCAGGCACAAUAUAUAUUUCUCUAGUGAAAGCAAUUGGGGUAUAUCCUCCCUUUUAUUGGGUGAUGACUAGGGAUGCACUGAAUCCACUAUUUUGGAUUCGGACGACCCCCGAAUCCUUCUCGAAAGAUUCGGCUGAAUACCGAAUUCUAAUUUGCAAAUUAGGGGUGAUUUCCCAUCCCUAAUUUGCAUAUGCAAAUUAGGAUUUGGUUCGGCCAGGCAGAAGGAUUCGACCGAUUCCAAAGCCUGCUGAAAAAGGCCGAAUCCUGGAUUCGGUGCCUCCCUAGUGAUGACUACAUUGUGCUGUUGAAGUCUAUGAAGAACUCCCCCACAGAGACUGAAUCUGUAUAAUUAUAAUCUGUAUAAGAGUCUGUAUAAUUGCCAAAAAGUAAUGACUCCAUAAACCCCUCACAAGUCAUUUGCAUUGGCAACAAAAAUGUAUUGUUGGCUACCUGCCUCUUCCAUGAGCUCCCUGAGAGUAGAGAGGGAAGCCAGGUGCCUUGUUCUCACCCUCGGGCAUUGAGACUUAAGGCUCCUGACCGGCAGCACUGGGGCCAAUGAAAUAUACUCUGAUAAGGCACAGAAAAGUGAAACCACUUGCACUUUGCUAAUUGAAGUCCAAAAACCACUGUCAGGCAGAACAGUUGUUUUAAAGCCGGACGCUUGAGCCAUAAGCAUUUAUUUGUGCUAUUUAAGGGUGCCAUGGGGUAUGUUUGUCAUUGGUUUGCACUGGUUUCCUGCAUUAGGCAACACGCCCUACUACACGUGACCUGCCGUUUCUCCCAGGGUUCCACUCUUUUGGAUUCGACCAAACCCCCGAAUCCUUUGCAAAAGAUUCGGCAAAAUACAGAAUCUGAAUCCUAAUGUUGCAUAUGCAAAUUAGAGGUGGAAAGGGGAAAACAUUUUUUACUUCCUUGUUUUGUGAC